CCACCCUCACACGUUUUAGCGCUUACGUUUUUAUUAAUUGGUUGUUGAACUGAAAAUUAAAAGUUUUUGUGAAGGAAGUUAUCUUUCAAAUCUGCAGAAUGUCGAAAGAUUAUAACUCGCGUAAAUUGGAGCGCAAACAGCGCAGGUGUGAGGCAAUAAUACGUGCCGACUUUGGCAUUGAGAGUAGUGCAUCGCCUACAUGCUUUCUUGCUAUCUUGAAUGCCGGUCUCUCCACAGGGCUCACAGAGGAGGCUGUGUUAUGUGCUGCAGUUCAACACGGUUCCGUCCAGCAGGUAAUAAUGUUGCCAAAUAAAUCUUACUGCUUUCUGGAAUGCAGCAGUGCGAAUGCAGCGGAGCAAAUCUAUAAGAAUAUGCACGGCCAGGCAGGUUUGGAACAACGUGGUGGUGUUGCCUAUUUGUCAUAUUUCAAAUGCUUACCCGCAUGCAGCAAGGAAAAUAUCUGGGAUAAGCCACCACCGGAAGGACUGGUUUUGCUGCAGGAUUUUGUGACAGAUCAUGAGGAAAAAAUAUUGUUGAAAGCUAUUGCAGCCGAAGAAUCCGAACAAAACGACUUAAAACAUCGGCGCGUUAAACACUUUGGGUAUCAGUUCAUAUAUGGCGAAAAUAACGUUGAUAUUUCUAAACCACUGAAUGAGAAAAUACCAAAAGCGUGCGAUAUACUCUGGCCACGUUUAAAAUCAGAGAUGGUUAGGCUGGGCCUACCGACAUUGGAGUGGGAGGUGCCUGAUCAAUUGACUGUUAAUAUCUAUGAACCUGGUCAGGGAAUCCCACCGCAUGUGGACACUCAUAGUGCAUUUCUCGAUCCUAUACUCGCGUUGUCGCUUUCAGGUGAAGUGGUUAUGGAUUUUCGGCGUUGCGUUGAGCGAAAGUCACUAACAUUGUUGCGGCGCUCAAUGCUGAUAAUGUCAGGUGCGUCGCGAUACGAUUGGACGCAUGGCAUUACUCCACGUACGCUGGAUGUCGUGCCUUCGGAGACGGGUUUAACAGUGAAAGCGCGAACACGACGCAUCUCACUCACAUUUCGACGACUGCGACGCGGACCAUGUGACUGUGCAUUUCCAACGCUAUGUGAUACGCGUUUGAAUGCAAAAAGCAAUGCAGAAUCUGUUAUAACUGAUGCGGUAGCUGUGUGCCUGGAGGAGCUGAACGUACACAGUGUUUAUGAGCGCAUCGCACCACACUUUAGUGAAACUCGUCAUACACCUUGGCCGCGAGUUGCCGAGUUCUUACGCAGCUUUCCGACGGGUUCUGUAUUGCUUGAUGUCGGUUGUGGUAAUGGGAAAUAUUUACAAUGCAACGGCGAUGCUUUAAAUAUCGGUUGCGACCGCAGUAAAGGUCUGCUUAGUGCAUGUUUGAUGCGUGCUAAAGCUGCCAACGAAAGCAGCAAUGCGUGUUUGCCAAGUGCAUUUCGAUGCGAUUGCUUGCAGGUACCUGUGCGCACACAAUCUGUGGAUGGGUGCAUCAGCAUUGCGGUAAUACAUCAUUUAGCUACUGCCGAACGCCGUUUGGCGGCCGUACAGGAAAUGGCGAGGCUGCUGCGUCCAGGUGGACGCGCACUUAUAUAUGUUUGGGCGAAGGAUCAACGUGCCAAUAACAAGAAAUCAGCCUAUUUACUGCAAAACAAAGCGCUGAACAAAAAUAAAAGUACUGUAGAACAACAACGACAGCGCGCAGCAGUGGAACUGCAGCAGCAGCAGCAACAGCAACAAGAACAACAGUUGCAGGAAUCGGCGGUGCCUGGCGCAUUUCAACUGCCCGUACACACAAAUCGCACCGAAUUUAUGCAACAGGAUGUGCUCGUGCCAUGGAAGCUAAAAGCUGGCCGAACAACGGGAAAAGAUAACAUUGACGAACUGGGAACUGCCGCAUUGCCAAGUACGUACUUGCGGUACUAUCACGUUUUCGAAACUGGCGAAUUGGAGGCAAUGGUGGCGCUUGUACCAGAGGUAGAACUGCUCCAAACCUAUUAUGAUCAAGGCAAUCAUUGCGCGAUUUUCGUAAGACGAUGACAUGGAAGAAAACGCAAUAAAUCAUAUUUACUUUAUUGUAUUUUAAUUUUAAUUCCCAUUAAUUUUAUUACAAUUCUAAUCUAGUAACCCAAUGACGGGUCACUAAAUAAUAUAUAUGUAAGUACAUAUUAAUAUUUCAUAAGCAAAAGUAAUUGUUUUGUAAUAAGUCAAUUAACAUCUAGACAUUGUGAAAUAAUCGUAUUUGCAAUUGACAUUUGAUUAAUUACUUAAAAUCGUGUUUCGGUAGUAAAUAAUUUGUAUAACCGUUACAAUUACAUUUUCUUAAGACCAAUUAUUUUUUCUCAAACUAAUUACUAACUAUAUAUUAGUUUUUAAAACAGUAACUACUGCGUGAAUUCUUAAAUGAUAUUUAAUUUUUAUUCCUAUUUUCAAAUUCUUGCAAUAAAUUCAAUGUGAAAUACAUUUUUGUGUAUGUACAUAUGUAAAUAUCAAAAUAUUGGUUUCGUUUCAUGCUUUGGCUCGGAUGAACUUAGACAACGUGUCAACUAAUGUGAAACGGUAAAUUGGUAUUGUUUGUGGUAUUUUCAAUUAAGACACUAAUUCCUUCAAAAACCGAUAGAUUUUUAACUGAAGAACAAACUUUCACGUAAAACCAUAGGUAACUUAUGUAUGUAUGUAUAUAUGUAUGUUUAUAAAAAAUAGAUUUGUGUGAAUAUGAAAUAUGAAUCUGUGUAUGAAAUAUGUUAGUACUUAUUUUUUGGGAUCAUAUAAUAAGUAUAAUAAUUUAAUUAAAUACUAAAUUUUCUGUGUAGGUAAUUAAUUUACACUAAAGUGCUAAAUGAAUUGUCAGUUUUAUCCAAAAAUUUUGAAUUCAAUAUUCAACAGUCAAAACAUAUUUUUAAAAAGCUUUUAAGAUGUUUGUUUUAAUAUCAGGGUAAAAACAUGUAAAUUCAUUUACCAAUUAAGGGCAAAAAGUAUUGUCUUAAAUAAUUUGCUAUAAAUAUUUUAUGGCAUGAAUUUACUUUUUUUGCUUGUACAAAUUUUCGCGUUAUUGAAACCCAUCUAUGAGGUCAAAGUUUAAUUCAGUUAAUAUAACAAAAUCAUCAUUUUUUAACAUCUUCAAAUAACUAAAAAAAACUGCUUACGUCUGCUCCUUUUUUGAAUUUGAAUUACUUACAAUUCUUUAUACGAGUAACCAAAUAUUUUAAUAUUAUAUAAUUUUACAUUUAAAAUAUUUUUACAAAGGUUAUGUUGGACAUGAGUAAAGCUAUUUGGAUAAUUGUGGGUUCAUUGAUUUAUUCUGCAUACAUAGCUUACAAAUAUACCAUAUGUAAAUGUAUCUAUGUACUCAUAAAAUACUUGCAAAAUUUUUAAAAUGACACAUUUAUUAUAUAUUUGUUAUUAAUUUGAGUGUUUAACUAUUCGUUGAAUAACUAAGAGACGGCUUUGUUAUUGUUAUAUUUUACAUUUAUCAUC